AUGGUUAAUAUUAUAAUAUCAGAACAACCACGCUUUUGUUCUCCAAUAAUAGAUCAUAACGGUCGAAUAACAUCAUGUGGUUUACAUACUCUGGUAGCGAGCACUUUGCUUAUCUACAUGGUAGUGUUUGGAAUUAUACGAUGGGCAUAUUUGCGAAAUAAACCGAAACGCGACAACUCUUACUUUGUUCAUGAUGAAGAUGAAGAUAUUGAUCACACGCGUCCGGAAUAUAUUGGAUAUCCGGAUUCUUUCAAAAGUAUAGUAAAUACUAUACAUGUUUUAGUGGGUGUAUUAGCAAUUUUAAACGCAUUGCAUAUUAUGUUUAUAUUUGCUGAAAAAGAACUUGUCGAGACAAGUAUACCGUCUUAUCUUAUCACUUCAGCACUCUUAAGAUUAGUUGCAUGGAUAUCAAAUUAUAGUUUUGUAGCUUGCGAAAGAAAUGAAGGUCAAAGAUGGAGUUAUUUUACUCAAGGAUAUUGGUAUUUGGCCUUUGUUCUAUCAAACUUUGAGCUUUAUAAUCGCUUAAUGUAUAUUACAAAUCCGCAUGAUGAUGAUGAUCAAAUUGAUUGGACCCAGAGCUGGAUCUUAAUGUCAAUUUACCUUAUUCAAUACGCGAUUCAUUUAAUAUUGAUUCUGUGUGCUAUUACAUUAACUUUCCUUUGGAGACGUUCUAAUGAAGCUAAUGGAUAUAAUGUUUUAAACUAUCAUAGUAAUCAUUAUAUACCCGUAGAUGAUGAUACAACAACAAUAAAUGAAGAUAUUGAUAUCCCAUCUGCAGAUGCAGAUGUUGAAAGUCCGCUUCUAACACCAAAGUUUCAAAAUCCUAUUUCAAUGGCAGAUGAUCCUAAAUAUGCUCCACCAAAAAAAAUUGGCGAAUUUUUAUCAAAAUCGAAAAAAUUAUUACCAUUUGUGUGGCCAUCACAUGAUAUGAAAUUACAAAUCCUGAUCCUUAUUUGUAUAUUACUCUUGGUCGCCGGUCGAAUUGUAAAUGUGUUAUUGCCUUACCAGAAUAAAGUAUUAGUCGAAGGUUUGAAAAGUGGAGAAUUUGUUUGGAAAGAAAUAUUAUUUUUUGUUGGGCUUAGGUUCUUACAAGGAAAUGUAGGUCUAAUAAGCACGUUACAAAACUUCUUGUGGAUUCCUGUUGGUCAGUUCACAACGCGUGAAAUCUCUGUCAAAAUGUUUGAACACUUGUUAAACCUUUCUUUGAGAUUUCACCUGAACCGUAAAACUGGAGAAAUAUUAAGGGUUCAAGACCGUGGUGUUUCCUCAAUUGUAUCAAUCCUUUCAUCGGUUCUUUUUGAUGUCAUCCCUACGCUUGUUGACAUAGCAAUUGCCGUGGUUUACUUUACAUAUGCUUUUGACAUUUUCUUUGGAAUGAUCGUGUUUAUGACUAUGUCUUUAUAUUUAGUAUCUACUAUUAUCAUGACAGAGUGGAGAACUAAAUAUAGAAGACUAACAAAUCUGUUGGACAAUGCUAUGGAAGGGAAGGCAGUCGAUUCAUUAUUAAAUUAUGAAACUGUCAAGUUAUAUGCCGCAGAACCAUUUGAAGUUAAACAAUAUUCGGAUGCGAUUCGAUCUUAUCAACUCGCUGACCAAAAGUCCAAUGUAACUUUGUAUAUACUUAAUACGACUCAAAACGUUGUAAUUCAGUUGGGACUUUUGGCUGGUUGCCUCUUAUGCGCUUCACGAGUGAGAAGGGGUGAAAUGAGCGUAGGAGAUUUUAUCAUGUAUUUGACCUAUAUUAUACAAUUAUAUGGGCCACUUAAUUGGUUUGGAAAUUAUUAUCGAGUAAUUCAGAAAAAUUUUGUAGAUAUGGAGAAGAUGCUUGAUUUACUCCAAGAACUUCCAGAAGUUAAAGAUUUGCCUCAUGCAGAAUCUUUAAAUGUUCAGAAAGGAGAAGUUGUCUUUGACAAUGUAUCUUUCCAUUAUGAUCCGAGAGUUCCAACUCUUACAAACAUUUCUUUUGCUAUUCCAAGUGGUUCUACCGUAGCUUUAGUUGGCCCAUCUGGUGGCGGGAAAUCGACAAUACUUCGUCUCUUAUUUAGGUUUUACGAUGUGCAAAGUGGUCGUAUUCUUGUUGACGGACAAGAUAUCAGACACGUUCGACAAAGGGACUUAAGAAGUUGUAUUGGAAUCGUACCUCAACAAGUGGAAGAAGCUGCAGAGGCAGCUCAAAUUCAUGAUAAAAUUUUAGGUUUCCCUGAAGGCUAUGAUACCAAAGUUGGUGAAAGGGGAUUGAGACUAAGUGGUGGAGAGAAGCAAAGAGUCGCAAUUGCAAGAACAUUGCUAAAGAACCCACAAAUAGUGUUACUUGAUGAAGCGACGUCUGCUCUUGAUACUCAUACCGAGAGGCAUAUACAAAAAUCAUUACGUCGGAUGACUGUUAAUCGAACAACAUUGAUAAUUGCUCAUCGCCUUUCAACAAUUGUACACGCUGACCAAAUCCUCGUACUACAGGGUGGCGAAAUCGUUGAAAGAGGAUCUCACUUGGAGUUAAUGCAUAAAGAAGGAGUGUAUCAUAAACUAUGGAAUAAACAAUUAAAACAUCACGAAAAGAUGAAAAGGGAGGCAGAGAAUAAACAACGCCUUGCUGCAUCCGCUUCGACAGCCGCAGCAAGUGUAGCAACUUCCGCUGGAGUUAGUAACAUUGUUAACAAGUUUAAGAGGGUAGAGGAAGAAGGUGAAGAGUCUAGUUCAAACAUGAGUAUAACAGAACAACAUAAUAAUGUGAUAACAAGCCCUAAUACUACUCUUCGACGAGGUUUAGCAAGUUUUGCUGAUGAAGGUGCAGACGGGGAUGAUGAAAGACAAACUACCACGGCUCAUGAAAGUAGUGAUGACGAAGGCGAGGAAGUCGAAGAAGUUGAUGAAGAUCAAUAA